UUGAAAAGCCGGCCUUUGAGUGGAAGGCGGGAAGAUGGCGGAUUCCUCGGGGCGCGGGUCUGGGAAGCUUGCCUUGGGUGGUCCUAGCACUCCUAGUGGAGCCAAGAUGAAAGGAAGAAGAGUACAAGGUGGAAGAGUUGUUGAGUCCCGGUACUUGCAGUAUGACAAGAAAACAACCAAAAAGGCUCUUGUGGCAGAUGCCUUAAAGCCCAGUGGGAACGUAUCUGAAGGUGGGAAGAAACCCAGCCUGCUCCAGAAAACCAAAGCAGACAGCAGUGGGGUCGGAAAGGGUGAUCUGCAGUCCACAUUGUUGGAAGGGCAUGGCACGGCCCCACCUGACCUGGAUCUCUCUGCUAUUAAUGACAAAAGUAUGGUGAGAAAGACUCCACAAUUAGAAAAAACAAAGAUGUCAAAGAAAACUGAGUCUACGUCGUUUUCUGCUCCUGGGAAAAAGAGCCCAGACUUGCUUGAAGAGAUGGAGAUGAUGGAGUCCCAAACAAUACUGCUGACGUUGCUGGCGGUAAAGAUUGAGAACAGUCUAUCUAAGUUCGAGGAAACAGCAGAACGGAAUUUAUUAAUAUUGUGUAAAGAAAAGGAAAAGCUACAGAAAAAGGCCCAUGAGCUGAAGCGCAGACUUCUCCUCUGUCAGAAGCAGCAGGAGCUGGCAGACAUCCUUGACACACAGAUAGAGAUGCUCAGCCCCUUUGAGGCAGUGGCCCAGCGUUUCAAGGAACAGUACAAGACGUUUGCCACAGCUCUGGACACCACCCGGCAUGAGCUGCCUGUGAGAUCGAUCCACCUAGAGGGAGACAGGCAGCAGUUCUUAGACUCCUUACAGGCUGAAUUGACAACCACUCAGCGCCUCCUGGGUGAACUUGGCAUUGGUAAUUCAGAAGAAAAUGUGCAAGUGCUGGACUUACUGAGCGAACUCAAGGAUGUGACCAUGAAAGAGGAUCUUGAGCUCCAAAGGUGCUUUGCCCAGGUGUUGGAACUCUCUGCUGAGGCGAGUAAAGAGGCUGCCUUAAUAAACCAAGAAGUCUGGGAAGAGGCUCAGGGCAUGGUGCCCCCCAGCCAGUGGUAUUUCAGUCAAGAAGGCGCUUGUGAAGAGUCCAAGGGAGCACAUCAGAGCACACCCCUUUCCGAGGACAAGAACAAGCCACGUACCCCGUGAAUCCAUACUCAGGCCAUGUUCACCAAUCCAAGCAGGGACCUUUCUUCAAGCAGUCAGGAAGAAAGCCCAUUUCAUAUCUCUAGUUCCAGAAGGGAUUUGUAGUGACUUGUAGGUGAAUUCAGGACACUAGAGCACUUCAUAUACUACCUUAGCAGUAUAGCUAUUUUUGUAUGAUAAACUUUUUUGAUACUUAAAAAAUAAAGCUAUUUUGUCUUGGCGCCUAUGCCUUAGCGGCUAAGGUACCAGCCUUAGCAUACACUGGAGCUGGCAGGUUCGAAUCUGGCCCAGG